GAGCUCCGAGGAAGGCUUGGGAAGAAGUUCUGUGAGGAGCAGCACUGAGUUUUGGGCAGGAUUCUGAGCUCCUUGGCUCUGCUGGUGACCUCAGGAGCACCCUGGCAAAGCCCUGUGGCAGAGAAGGGCCUGGCUGUGGUUUGGAGGUGUUCCAGACCCUGCUCAGCUCCUUGCUGCUGGGGCUGAGGGACGUCCUUCCUCCUGCAGGGUGCUGCUGCCCCCUCUGCAGCAGCAGGGAUGGCAGAAGCUGUUGGUGACACAGGUUUUAGCCUCAAGUGCAUCAAAGACAAGAAGGUCCCCAUCGGGGGCACCGUGGUCAUCGCCGCCUUGCUUCUCGCCAUCAUCGCGCUGGCAGCCAAGAGGUGUCCAUCCUGCCCCUCCUGCCCCUCUCCCACCCUUCCCAGCUGCCUGGACAAUGGCAUUGGGUACAGGCAGAAGUGCUUUUACUUCAUGGAGGACAAAGCUGACUGGAACAGGAGUCAGAUCUCCUGCCUUGCUCUUGGAGCCCAGCUGGCCACCAUCGACACCUGGGAGGAGCUGCGUUUCCUGCGGCGCUGUGGCAGCUCCGCGCACUACUGGGUCGGUCUCCGAAGGGAAGGUUCUGGACCUUGGCAGUGGCUCAAUGGCUCUCUCCUCACCAACCUGUUGGAUGUGCAGGGCAGGGGACGCUGUGCCUACAUGGACAGUGCAGGACUCAGCAGCGAUUGGUGCUCCCAGCUGAAACCUUCCCUCUGCAGCCACCCCCAGAAGCCACCCAGGAGGAUUCAGAGAGGCUCAGAAAUCCUGAACUCCACCUGGAAUGUCCCCCUCAGCACAGGAGGUCAACCAGAGGCUGCCAUUAACCCUCCAGGCCAUGGCAGUGAGUGUGCCAAGGGUGGGUUUGGAGCUCCAGUUUAGCUUUCAGAAGCAGAAGGUCCUUGUGAUGAUGUCACAGAGCUGGGACCAACAGAGCCUCACUUUGGUCUGAGCCCUGCUCAGCUUUUGCAGUCACAGGGAGACUUGGGAACCACGGAAUGCUAGGGGUUGGAAGGGACUCUCUCUGCCAAAGCAGGGCCAGCCAGGGCAGGUCACACAGGAACACAUCCAGGCAGGUGUGGAAUCUCUCCAGGGAA